CGUGUUGCAAUGCCCCGACUGCGGUGCUGGUUGGUCAUCCCAACCCGUUCGCAAGAGCCUGGGGUAUAGGGAGCCCGAGAUGUGGUUUGCAAAAGAGGUUGAACGCCUGCCGCGGAAAGACUGACCGUCGGAACUAUUUUUAGGACGUCAACAAGCUAAAACACGGUUGCAGUGCGUUUAUUUUGGUGACCAGUUGCGACGCGCCAUGCGAGCGUACCAGCAAAAACAUGCCGACCGGAUAAAAGUGGCCACCGGCUGAAAAAACCGGCGAUCUCGCAUCGCUCGGGAACAAUGGGAAAGCGAUGUUAGAUGCGAGGAUGCCGAUGUUACUGAGUAUGUAGAGCUCGUUCCUGAAGGGUGUUUGACAGCCGGCAAAUUGUGUUGUUUACGUCGAUUCCUUUGAUUUCAUUUCGCCAGACGUGUAACUUAACAUUCUCUGUGCAAUGCGCAAAAUCAAUGUUUGCAGUGUUUCGUGAAUUUCAGGGCAACUGAAUCAACUGUUAAUGUUUUUGAAUAUCUCUUUAUUCCUUAAACAUGUGGGUCUUUGUUUCGUGUGCAUCCUAGCGGAUAAACUUUCCGAAGCGCCACAAAUGCCCGCGCUUCUGCGGGCAUGCAUCGAUAAUGCUACCCACGCCCUGAUUGGACUUAUCGGGGCUGAACUGGUGCUGGGCAGCGUAAAAUACCACCCAACAAAACAGGAAUAUGGAGCCUUGCUUUUAGAAGCCGCACUUGUAUCAUCUUUGAUUGAUUUGGACCACUUUGUAGAAGCACGAUCAUUUCGAUUGCAGGAUGCCACGAAUCUUGAUCGACGACCAUUCCUGCAUAACUCUGCGAUAUGUUUUCUGCCCGUUAUGCUCCUUUUCGUAGGAAAACGGACAACGAACGGCGUAUUCACUCUUGCCAUUGCAAUUGUAUUGAUUGCCUUCAGCACUCAUCACGUUCGUGAUGCCACCAGGAGAGGAAUAUGGUUUAAAGUACCUUUCGUGGAUUUAAAUAGUCCACCAAUUCCGUACUUUGGAUAUCUAGCAUUCGUGAACGGAGCUCCUUAUGCCAUUUCGUUGCUUCUGUCGUCCUUAGUAAAAGUUUCUGCUAAAAGCAGGGUUGCAGAAAUGGUUUAAACUAGUUUUUGUUAAGCAAUUAAAUGUGAUAUGAGUAACAAUCGAUUUCAAACGUAUACGAUUUAUUUGUUUUGCCCUUGUUUCUCGACGAAUCCGACGCUCUCUCGACACAAAGGCACACCUCGUUGACUACAACUUUCCGAACGCUCUUUGA